AUGAAUUUUGCUAAACAAUCGAUUAUCUUGUUGGGCAUCUUUUUGAUUGUUAUCUCCUCUUCCUCUGCUUCUGCCGUCGUUCCUGGUGUUCAAAUUAUCAAACCAGAGGCGGGAAGCAAAUACAAAGCUGGCGAUCCUAUCACUAUUACAUUCUGCUCUGAUCCUUGCUUCACUAAAAUCGAUAAUAUAUCCCUUUAUGAUGGCUACUUCUUUUCAGCACAAACCUUUGAAUUAAAUGUCACAUUGGCCCCAAUAAAGCCUUGCUAUUCACUCACUUAUAAGCUUUCAAAACGUCUCAAGCCUGAUGCUCAAUACAAUAUUGCCGUUAUUUCAGACGAUAAGUUUGUAGCCAGCAGUGCAACCUUUUUUAUUGGUAAUCCCAAAUUUGGGUUAGUUAUUACCUCACCAGACUGUAACGUCAAAGCACAAUGCGGUAAAAGUCUCGAUGUCAGAUGGGAAAAUC